CGUCGAAACCUAUUGUCUACAGAAAAUUUUGUAUUUCCCGCAAAUUUCCAAGCAAAAUCAUUAAAUAUGAAGGAAUAUAGACCUGUUGACGCGGUGUAUGAAGACAUAUACGACUUUGAUGAUGUCAAAUAUGAUGCACGCAACGGCAUUAUAAGACCAAGAGAGCUCUAUCGCGAAGAGAGGACACACAACCUGCUGGAUUGUCACAAUACCACAGGUGAAAAUGUUUGCUUCCAGAACGUGAGAGAUGACAAAGUUCACCUCCCAAACAUCCCUUAUGACAAAGCCCGCCUUCCACCUAUUGCUGCUAGCAAUGCGCUUGAAAAGAUUCCAAGGGUAAAGCCAGUAGUGGCUAACGGAAGUGAUGCAGUGAUUAAAAACAAAGUUGUCAACUUGGAUGUAGAAAGAAAACCGUACAUUCCAAAACAUGCCAAGAACAUGCCAGAGUAUGCCAACAUUUCAUGCUCACAGACAAAGCCAAACCACCUCCCUAACAUAACAGAUGGCACACGUGAACACCGUGCACACAUACAAGAGCUGGUGGAUCAUGAUGAAAUGUAUCGCUCACUGAUGGCAGGAGUCCCAGACAAAAGCUUGCUGGAGAAAAGUCCUCAGGUCAUUGAAUACGAACGAAGGAAUAAUGUCAAACGUCUCUUGUCGAGACAGAAAAUGCCACAAGCCUGGGAGCGAAAAGACCAUCCAUCCGGAGAUAAUGCUAUGGAAGCAAGACAGAGAUUUGAUGAGAUGACGUCACAUGGUGCAAAGACACAUCACAAUGCUCAUCGUCUACCAGAUAUCCAUCAAAAAUCUGUUCAGGAAAAUGACAAACCAAUGCACCAGCCACUCCCUCCAAAGGCACCUAAACCCGAGGACGACGCAUUAACCCGAAAGAGGAGAAAACACCUCCGCACCAAAACACAGAUUGUGAAAGACAACCCAAGGGCGGUCCACCAUGUGCCAAGACCGCAAGUAGCACGGAUGGAAAUUGAUUAUGAGAAGGAAGUCAAUGAAGCGCUAAGGGCUCAGAGAGAAUUCAGUCUGCUUCAUAAAGAGAUGGCGGCAAAGAGCAAAACAAAGGUUUGUGACACAAAAGUAUUAUGCCCAACUCCAGUCACCGCUUCCAACUCCAACCUGUCGGGUUGCUCUACCCCAAGCCGUACUCCUUCUGCCGCUGUGAAUUACAAAUCUGCUGAACCAGUUAAAGGCUGGAAUGGUGAAGCCGCCAAGAGAAAGCUCGGAUUCAAAUCCAGGGAAAAGAUGGAAAAAGAAGAAACAACUGCAAUUGAUGUGGGCCGAAUGCCGGAGAAAAUCAGAAAGCAGAUGAAGAAGUAUUUCAGUUGAAUUGUUUUAAUGGAUCCAUUAUAAAUUUCUUUUUUUUUUUUAAUCAAAUAUUUAAAAUGUUUGCAAUCUGCUUUUAAAAGUGCAGAAAAAUUCAUUUAAUUUAUGUAAAUGCAUCUUUAACAAUCAUGUCAUUUUUAUGCGAUUAUUGUGUAUGAACUGUUGGUGAUUCUGUAUUGUGCUGAACUGAUUAUCUAUGAUGCAUGCAUCACUGCAUGAACUGUUGUAUGGGGCAAUCACUUAUGUUAAAAACAAUGGGAGAACGUUCGCAUUUCAAAGGAUCACUGAAACAAAAAGUUUCAAAAUUCAGUGGAAUUCAAUGACAUUUGACUAUAAAAUCAUCCGUUUACAGAAGCAUUCAGAAUGAAGUAAGAGAAAUUGAAAAAAGGAAAUGAAGAGUUUUCAAAUAAUGACAUACUUGGCACAGGAUUGUGAGAGUAAAUGAUUGGGAAGAUCAAUUGUUAAGACAACUGACUCAAGAGAUAAUGAGUAGAACAUGUGCUACAAAACGGGAUCGGAGCUAGUGAACCUACUGUGUCAAAGUAAAUUUUAAAGCACAAAAUACCGAGAGAACAUUGGCAUAUACGUCAGUAUCACUGUCAGGAAACAAGGUAUCUAUUAUAUAGUAUCGAUGUCAGAGAAGAUAGGGUACAAAUAUCGAUGUCUAAGGAUAGGGCAUAAAGUACCGAUGUCAAGAUUCACUGCCACAAGACGGAAGAAGGUACCGAUGUAAGAAGAUCACGUAUUAAUAUUGGAAGAAGGCGUGUAUAAAAUAGAAAUUGAGACACUAGACAGUUUCUUAAUAACUUAUAAAAGAAUGCAAUCAAAUUUUCCUUAAGAAAUAAAUUGUGGUUUUCUUUUUUAUAAAA